UGUGAAUUUGAGGGUUUGACCUGUCUCGUCAAUUGUGGUAAGCCAUAUCACGCCCACAGCUAACGCCCCUCACGUGAGACUUUUGGAGUUACAGACAAAGUUACAAGAAUUGGUCUGGUAUGGUUUCUCAACUCCCACUCUCACCUAACAUUUCAGUUCACCUUCCUCCAACACCAUCAAUCAAAAACCAAACACCACAAACCUCAAAUCCCAAUCAUUAAAAACAUCAAACAGUAUCAUUAAUCCCACGUUCAAUUCCCUUCCAAAACAAAAUGGACAAUUCCACCCAAGAUUCUCUCUUGCGAUCGGAGAACUCCGUCACCUAUGAAUCGCCAUACCCAAUUUACGCCAUGGCUUUUUCACCCUCCCACCCCCACCGUCUCGCCCUUGGAAGCUUCAUUGAAGAAUACACCAACCGCGUCCACAUCCUCUCCUUCCACCCUGAAACCCUCUCACUCUCCCCACACCCUUCCCUCUCCUUCGAUCACCCUUACCCUCCAACCAAGCUAAUGUUCCAUCCUCGCAAACCUUCUCCCUCUUCCUCCACCGACCUUCUAGCCACCUCUGGCGACUAUCUCCGCCUCUGGGACGUCCGCGAAAACUCCGUCGAGCCCCUCUCCCUCUUCAACAACAGCAAGACCAGCGAGUUCUGUGCCCCCCUCACCUCCUUCGACUGGAACGACAUCGAUCAUAACCGCAUCGGCACCUCCAGCAUCGACACCACCUGCACCAUCUGGGACAUUGAGCGCACCGUCGUCGAGACGCAGCUCAUCGCCCACGACAAGGAGGUCUACGACAUCGCCUGGGGCGAGGCAAGAGUCUUCGCCUCCGUGUCCGCUGACGGCUCCGUGCGAAUCUUCGAUUUGCGUGACAAAGAACACUCCACCAUCAUCUACGAAAGCCCCCACCCUGAUACCCCUUUGCUUCGUUUGGCUUGGAAUAAGCAGGAUCUCAGGUACAUGGCUACCAUUUUGAUGGAUAGUAAUAAAGUUGUGAUAUUGGAUAUUAGGUCCCCCACUACUCCUGUGGCGGAAUUAGAGAGGCAUCGUGGUAGUGUGAAUGCCAUUGCUUGGGCUCCUCAUAGCUCCACGCAUAUUUGUUCUGCUGGGGAUGAUACUCAGGCUCUUAUCUGGGAAUUGCCCACUCUGGCUGCUCCCACUGGGAUUGAUCCCAUGUGCAUGUAUUCUGCUGGCUGUGAAAUCAACCAGCUCCAAUGGUCCGCUGCUCAGCCUGAUUGGAUUGCUAUUGCUUUCGCCAACAAGGUGCAGCUUUUGAAGGUUUGAGGUGAGGAUUUUGGUUCAAUGCGC